AUGAAGGUUCCUUUCUUCAACAAACAACCGAGGCCGGAGAGCGAUUCUCCACCCUCCACGGACAUAUCGGGGGAAUCGAUUGACCCUGAGAAACGACGAAGUAGCUCGUUUGACGAGUCGCGCGUGCCAUGGGUAACAUGGCGCUCACUAGUCCUCGGAGCCUUUGUCUCCAUCGGCGGUGUCAUUUUCGGCUAUGACACGGGUCAGAUCUCUGGAUUUCUGGAGAUGAAGAACUACAAGCAGCGGUUCGGACAACAGAAGAGUGAUGGAACCUUGUAUUUCAGCAACGUGAGAUCAGGUUUGAUUGUGUCCAUGCUGUCUAUUGGAACACUUUUUGGAGCUCUCAUGGCCGGCCCCCUAGCCGAUCGAAUUGGUCGUAAAUGGUCAAUUUUUUCAUGGUGCAUUAUCUUGCACGUCGGACUCAUCAUCCAGAUCUCUUCACCAUAUGGGAAAUGGUAUCAGAUGAUGAUGGGACGUUUCGUCACUGGGUUCGGUGUAGGAUCAUUAUCCUUGCUAGUCCCCAUGUAUCAGGGUGAGAUCGCACCCAGACACAUUCGCGGUGCUAUGGUCUGUUCGUACCAAUUGUUCGUCACGUUAGGUAUUUUCGUGGCAUAUUGCAUUGAUUUCGGUACCGAAAGCAUGGAUAGCACGGCCUCUUGGCGAAUUCCAUUGGGUAUUACAUUCUUCUGGGGUCUGCUGUUAGGACUUGGUAUCCUCUUGUUUCCCGAGAGCCCACGAUAUGAUUAUCGACAUGGGCGUGUGGCCGUUGCGAAAACAACCAUGGCCAAGUUGUAUGGAGUGCCUGAGAACCACCGGGUCAUUGUGCACGAAAUCCUCGAAAUCCAGGGUCAACUGGAGACGGAGAAGGGGACUAGGGGUGGGAUGUAUGGUUGGGUUGAGAUGAUGCAAGCCCCACGGAUGCCGUAUCGGAUCGCUCUCGGUAUGGUUCUUCAGGCCUUGCAGCAGCUGACGGGUGCCAACUACUUCUUCUACUAUGGAACGACCAUCUUUAACGGAGCCGGGAUUAGUAACACCUAUGUUACCCAGAUGAUCUUGGGAGGUGUGAACUUCGGUACCACGUUUGGAGGUUUGUAUGUCAUCGAGCACUUUGGCCGCCGCAAGUCACUCAUCACUGGUGGCAUCUGGAUGUUCAUCUGUUUCAUGGUGUUUGCAUCAGUGGGACAUUUCUCCCUUGACGUGAAGAACCCAGCCAACACCCCCGGUGCAGGCAAGGCGAUGGUUGUAUUUGCCUGUCUAUUUAUCACCGGGUUUGCCAUGACCUGGGGUCCGAUGGUAUGGGCCAUCGUCGCGGAGUUGUACCCGUCGCGGUAUCGAGCCAAGGCGAUGGCGUUGGCCACGGCAUCAAACUGGAUGUGGAACUUUUUGAUUGGAUUCUUCACACCAUUCAUCACGGGCGACAUUGACUUCGCUUAUGGAUAUGUCUUUGCUGGAUGUCUCUUUUUCGCAGUGUUGGUUGUUUACUUCUUCGUCCUUGAGGGCAAAGACAAAACAUUGGAGGAGAUGGACAUGAUGUAUGUGAUGCGAGUGCCACCAUGGCAGAGCAGCAAGUGGACUCCUCCAGCGCCAGAACAUCAGCUCACGACCAAUCAACUUAUGGAUCGACGGGUGGCGGAACGGUUUGAUCUUGAAGAAGACUCGGAGGCCAACAAAAAGCAAGCUGAGACGCCAGGCCAUAUGCAUGCAGAGGAUCCUACUGUUGCAGACACAAUAGCAGGCCCUUCUGCAGCUUAG